UUUAAAAACCUGUGCCAUGAAGUGAUCACUCUACAAACCAGUUUUCCCCACCCGCCUCACCUGUAAUCAUGGGGUUGUGUGAGAGAAUGAGGGGUGUGUGGAGGCCUUUGGGCAGUGCUGGAGUGCUGAGAGCCUGCGUUGCAUCGAUGCUGCUGGGGCUCAGCCUGUCCCAGUCGCCCCCCCCACAAACAGCCUGUCCGGCUACGGCCCCGCUGCACCUCACCGAGGUGAAGUACCAGAACACGGCAGUGAAGGACACCGGCCUGGGGUUUAUGGCCCCUCUGGUCCAGUCCUUCCUCCACACAGUCCAGCCGAACCCAUUCCCUGAAGAGAUAAUCUUGAAAACAAUCAACAGUUAUCCACAAGUGACGUCAGAUCAAGAGCUCAUUAAAAAAGCCCUGGUGUAUGAAGUGGGUUUCCUGGUGUGCGCAGCGAUCGGUGUCCUGUACAUCGUGCUGAUGCCCAUCGUGGGCUUCUUCUUGGCGUGCUGUCGCUGCUGUGGCAACUGCGGUGGGAGGAUGUACCAGAAGCAGACGUCCUCCAUCGACUGCCGCAGGAGGACUCUCUACUGGAGCACACUCGUCACCACACUUAUUAUCCUCGCUGGGAACAUUUGCAUGUUCAGAAGCAAUGAAGCCCUCAAAGUGAGCGUGGAUGAGACUCCAGUGCAGCUCAACAAAACCUUAGACAACCUCCAGACCUUCCUCACAGCUGUGCCUCAGCAAAUUCAGGACGUGCUAGAUGAGAGCAACAAAACCAUACAGGUGGUCACCACAAACCUAGACGACAUCGGGCCCAAGCUGGGAGCAGAGAUCCAGGAGCGAUUCACGGUAACUCUGGACCAGGCGCUGCUCCCUGUGAGACGCCUGAACCAAGAGACCAGAAGCAUCAGUGUUCAACUCAGAGAGAUCAACUCGUCGCUGGCUCGGCUGCAGUCCAGCAUGGACCGAGUCCAGGGCAACAUCACCGAUGUUAAAACCCGCAUCAAUCGGACUUUAUCCAAACCACAAUGUCCCGUCUGUGCAAACCUGAAGGCAAAGCUACAGUCCCAAAAACUGGACAUGUCUGUCACUAUCACCAUCCCGAGCGAGCUCCAGUCUGCAGUGGAUGAAGUCGUCAGAAUCAACCUCACAGCGAGAGUCGAGGAGGUGAAGAGUUUUUUCGACAGCAUCCCCCAGACGGUGGCCAAUGAAACCAAGGAUAUGAUUCGAAAAAGCAAGCAGCAGCUGGCUGAAGUACAAAGACAGAUUUCCGAGAUUUCCACUAAGAUCCCCCUGACCAGUCUGACCAAAACAUCGGAGAGUCUGAGCCAAGUGCACGGACAAGUCAACAUUGUCACAGCAGAGGUCAAGAAUUACGAGUACAUCAGAUGGGGUGUGUGUGUUGCCCUGUGCUGCGUGGUGCUCCUGGUAGUGGUGUGUAACCUCCUGGGUCUGGUCCUGGGCCCUCUGGGUCUGACGCCCUCAGCAGAUCCCACGAAGCGAUCCUGCAUGGCCGACUGUGGAGGCACAUUCCUCGUGAUGGGUGCAGGGUUCAGCUUCCUCUUCUCCUGGCUGUUCAUGAUCGUGGUGGUGCUGCUGUUCCUUGUGGGGGGGAACGUUUACGUCCUGGUCUGUCGGCCCUGGAACGAUGGACAACUGCUGAAGUUCCUUGAUUCGACAAAUUUAAGUACACAGAUAACUCAAACUUUGGGAUUGGAAACCAAAAUCACUCUCUCUGACAUCUACAGAGACUGUGAGGAAAACAAGCCUGUGUGGACAACCCUCCACUUGAAUGAAUUAAUAAACCUUGACGAAGUCCUCAAUGUAUCUAAAUACACAGAUCAGAUCAAGAAGGAGUUUGAGAACACAGUUAUCCCUCUGUCAACCAUCAAUCUCCUGAGCCCAGAAGUGAAGAAACAGCUCAGGAGCUUCUCCUCCAAGGCCAAUGAACUGGACACCUCAGCCUUCACCCAGCAGAUUAACAACGUUUCCAGGAUCAAUCUGAACACAACAGCAGAUAAACUUGAGUUGGCUGCGACUCAAGUGGACGCUGCCACUGGAGCAGAGCUACGUAGCGAGGCCAGUGACCUGAGGAAGAUUCAGGCCAGCAUAGAAUCAACCAUCAUCCCACAACUGCAAAACCUGAAUUCGAGUGUCCGGAGUCUUCGAUCCAUGACGGAGGAAAUCAACGGGACAGUGGGGGAGGUGCUGAGGAACGUGGGAGUAGCACAAGACUUCCUCAACACAAAUACGACACAGAUCGUCAAGACCGAGAGCAUGAAGUUUUUAGACUGUCAGCUCGGUUACUUCAUCGCUUACGCUGACUGGGCCAAACUCUCGAUCACACAAGAGGUGGGUCGCUGUCAGCCGAUAGCCGGGGCUCUGGACUCGGCGGAGAUCAUCGUCUGUCAUUACGUGGUGCAGUCUCUGAAUGCAUUCUGGUGCAGUCUGGGCUGGUGCUUGAUCUUCUUCAUCCCCAGCAUCAUCCUUUCUAUCAAACUAGCCAAGUACUACAGGAGAAUGAAGCGCUCUGACGUCUAUGACGAACACGUAGUUAUUAACAGCAUUCCACGGGCCCACAUGAAAAUCCCCUGAGAGACCGGCCUCCUGUUUGAAGCGGUACAGCUUUGAAAGACUGCCGGCACCAGUGUGGCAUCUCUCCACAGAGUAAAAACACUCCUGCACAGACGUGACGCACGGACGGGAAGUCCCAAGUGUACGGUUGCUCUUCCCCUUCAUUUCUUUAUUAUCCUACUUUCACGAUAGAGUGGACGAGAAAGUCUGCUAGCUAUACGACUGCAGUGGUCUUACAACACACAACACACACACUAACACAGUAUCUGUUCACUGACCUCAGGGGGACACAAGGCAAAAGGGAAUCUUCAGGGAAAUGAACAUUCAAAGAGAUAUAUUUCAUUUCACUGUUUUAGAUAAAUAUUUUUUUAUGCAUCGAAUGUACCGAGCCUGCUGCUGGAUUUUCACACGAUAGAUUUAUAACUUUAAAGCUGAUUUUGAGUGUUUAUAUUUAGUCUUGUAGUUGUCUCAUGCUUUCAAAGAAGGCAUCAGUGUGUCACCGUGCCAACAGGUACCCAUAGCGUGCCGGGUUCCUCACCGCUGUUUGGCGACCUAAUUCCGAUGGGAAACACUAUUUAAUUAAAUAAUAAUUAAACUUGCACUAAUGUUGAGAAUCAAAGCACAAUUCCUCUUGUGAAUCAUCAAAUGAUUUUUUUUUUUUGCUUAUUUCUGUGACCAAAGCAGUCACCAUACUGUUGCUGUUUGAAACCUCACAAUGCAACUUUUGUUUUUUGUUGACCUGAUCUUUGCAAUGGUGUUUUUCUAAAUUCAGACUUUGACUGAUGUGAUUUGAAAAUUAUGAUUUUUGCACUUUUGAGCAGAUUGUGUUUUUAUCACUGUUAAAUUCCUGCCAGCUGUUUUUGAAAAUACUGUGAGUAAUAAA